AUGAGGAGGAAUGAGUCAUCUCCGCAGCCAGGGACCGCCUUCCUCCCCGAGGACGACCUCUGCUUGGCAGCCCGAGCACACAAAGUGCUGGGCUGGAGCAGCUCUCCGUCAUCCCAGUCGUCCUCAGAGUACCAGUCCUAUUCUCAGUACCAGUCUUGGGCCUCCAGGAAACAGGAGGAGGAACAGGAGGCCCCACCCGAGAGCGUGUGUGCCCUGUACACCCAUGUGCAGACUGUGCAUGGCGUGGCAGUGGCUUGGGAGACUGACGACGGCUUCGAGCCGGUCACCAGGAAGCCCCUCAUCCGCGAGGCCGAGUUCAUCAAGCGUCAGCGGCGGAAAGGAUCCUCCUUCGAGAUGGCCUCCAACACAGACCUGCGCUGGGAUCUGGAAGCCUGCAAGCAUCGCUGCCCGGAGCCGGAGGAGGCUGCGGACUGCUGCUUGCAGGAGCUGCGAGCACCGCCAGACUGGCUGGUCACCACCAACCACGGCCUGCGCUGCGUGGCCUGCUGCAGGGUCUUCCCCACGCUGGAGGCGCUGCUGGACCACGCCCAGCACGGCAUCCGCGAUGGCUUCAGCUGCCAGAUAUUUUACGAGGAGAUGUUGGAAAGGAAGCGGGCCCGGGAUCAAAAGCAGGACCAACAGCCUGUAGAGGAGGAGCAGUGCCCUUCUGACAGUGAAUAUACCCAGCCUUACACCAAGGUGCUUUACCAGCAGCAGCCACAGUCACAGCCACAGCUGCAAAAGCAGCAGCAAGAGCAGCAGCAGCCACAGCCGCCACAGCCGCCACAGCCACAGCCGCCACAGCCGCCACAGCCGCCACAGCCGCCACAGCCGCCACAGCCGCCACAGCCGCCACAGCCGCCACAGCCGCCACAGCAGCCACAGCAGCCACAGCAGCCACAGCAGCCACAGCCGCCGCCACAGGAGCCACUGCCGCCACAGCCGCCACAGGAGCCACAGCAGCCACAGCAGCCACAGCAGCCACUGGGGGAGUAGAGAUUGGUGAGCUGCCCACCCUCCCUCCAGUAUCAUGGGUUGCUGUUCCUUUUCCAGACAGCAGUCUUUUCCAGAGCCACCAGAGCAGGGGGAGAGGACCAGGGUGGUGGUGGGGAAAGCCGUCCAUGUGAGCAGCAAAGGUGGGAGGGGUAGGAGCCUUCCCCCAAAGCAGCAUUUCCACUAGCAUCCAUUUCCGAACCCAAAUCCAAAGAAGGCUUCAAGAGUUCCUGAUGGUGGAUGCAAGAUGGGAGCGAGCAGUAAACAUGUGGCUGGGGAUUUCUAUUUUUGCUGAAGGGCCAGCAUCGGUCCACACUUGCUGUUCAGGUACAGGUGACUCACGGGGAGCCAACUGCAAAUGAAACUUCAGCCCUAUUUUUUUCAUUGUUAAGAAUCUGUCAUAUGCCCUAAUUCUAUGUCUUAUGUUGUUGAUAUUAAACUUGAAUAAAACA